CUCGCUUGACGUAACGUACAUAACAAGCAUGGCGGGUCAGUAGUCACUGGCGACUUGUACACAUGCGAAUCCGGACCAACCUGUUGAGUCAACUUCACGUCAGUCUAACGUGACCACGUUGUUCUGCUGCUGCUUUUUUGUAAAAUUUUCAGGGAGAUGUCAGAACCUAAGCCCACAGCUGCACAGGUCAACGACACACCUGCCAAUAAGAAGAACAAAAAGAAAACGAAGAUAAUCGACAACAACGAAUAUUGCGCUCUGUGUCGGAGAAUGUAUUUAAAAAUUGAAUCUUACGACCAUAUGCAUAGUAUAAAGCAUCACCAGGAGCUACAGAAGAUGCUAGACAAGGAUGCCGUCCACCACUGCGUAGUGUGUGUGAUGACAUUCCUGAAUUUGUUUGAGUUUUCCCAGCACAUCUCCACUGCUAGACACCAAGACUUGUUGAAGGCCACCAAGUCUACAAAAACCAAAGCCUUAUCUUUAGCUAAGACUUUGCCCAUUGACGUCCUCGAAAGGAUCUUUGAGAGAAACAGAGUCCUUAAGAAAAAGAAUAAAAAGAAUAAGAAGCUGAAUCAGAAACAUCAAGAUGCCAACACUUCAACUUCAGUACCAGAACAACAACAACAACAACACAAACAACACAAACAACAAAAACCUUGUGCCAGCCAGGUGGACACAAACACGAAGAAGCUGGAAAAACACCAAACAGGAGGAAUUCACGUUGUUGUUAGAAUCAAAGAGAAUAAAGCUACCAGCCAACAGGGGGGUUCAGACCAGCUUUCUGCUAGAACUUGGAAUCAGAAUUGCACCCAACAGAAAAUUACUCACCAGAAGAUGAAUAAAGACAACUGCUCUGUCCACCAACUGUCCACCAAGGUCACAGUGGAGACCUCACAAACACAGAGACAGUUUACGCAUCCAAAACGCCCCAAAGACGGGCCACCAAAACAAACGACAUUGUCUGGAAACAGUCACAAUGACUCAAGGCAAGCCCGCACUACAUCUGUCCAGUCAAGGCCCAAGGACAUGAGUUCUUUUCCCAAUUGUCCUCCAGAGAACAGAUCCAGCGAUGCAGCUCCUACAUCCCACGAUGUCGCUUCACUGCUGAAGCAGAUCAGAAGAGAGCUGGGAGUGAGGGAGCCGUGUAGAGCAGAACGAGAAGCCAGAAAACACAGCAUCACCCCUGGGGCUCGAUCGUCUCAAAGCAGCAUUAGACAACAGACUGAGGGGCAGAAGGAGCGACUCCCGGAAGCUUCAUCGGAGCAAUUUUGGACCGUUUGCAACCGAGCAGCAGCAGCAGAACCAUGUCUGCAAAGUCGGGCCACACCAGGGGCUGCAAACAGACAACCUCAGGAAGUCACAGCCAACAAGACUUCACGCAAGAUACGUAUUGCCCACAAACCAGUGAAUCCACCACCGGCGAUAGAGACCAGUCUCAGACAAACGGUCAACAAGCUGCUCAGCUCAUCAGGCCCAGGGAGAGAGAUCAUUCUUAAACCGACUGUGAACAACCGCCUCAGCUCGUCAAGCUCAAAGAAAGAGAUAAUUCGUAAAUCGACUGUGAACAAGCGCUUCAGCUUUUCAAGCCCCAGGACCAGGCAGAGCUGGAUGGAGAUUUACAACGACCUCAGAAGAAACAAGCAGGAAAUGUCCAGCAGAUGUCCCAGGGUUGGCACCCAGCUGACAAAUCAUUCAGCUGACCACAGGAUCUCAGAACAACCACUGCAGGGUGACCUGCCCCUGUCGGAGGGAUUCCACUGGGACUCAGUCCCGUACAGUCCUGCGGAGACACGGUCGUCUUCACCACCUGAACAGAGCUACACCAUGGAUGCUGCCCUCCACGCAGAAACACGGGUGGAGUCCUGGCAGCCGCAGUGUUCUACGGGGCAUCAGGGUGGGGGCUGCCUCCCAGUGACCACAGUCUCUGUCCAAGUAGAGCUGCCCCCGCAGAAAGACAGUGGACUCCUGAGAGAACCUACGGUCGUCAAAAAGCGGAAACACAGUACGGAUGAAGACCUCUGUGACGAAAAGCUGAGAGGAAAAAGAAGUAAAGUAAAAUCAAACACAGACAAAAAAGACCAGACUCAGGUGGGAGAGCUGUUGACCGUGUCUGUACGGGAGGAUGAGCUGAGUCGUUCGCUUCAUGUUUUGGACCAAUCCCUGAUCCAGGCUCGCAACGUCCUGACAGCCGCUUACACUGAGGUCCAAAGACUCAUGUUGAUGAGACAUCAGUUCACUGCUGAGGUCAACAACCUGAGGGCGAAACGCAUUGAGAUCCUGCAGAUGAUGCAAGAGGGCUACUGUGGAGCGUCCAGUGUUGACCUGAAAGUCGCCGCACCGUCUGCAGCGGCCGUGAAGAUGAAACAGGAACGCUGUUCUCCACCUGCUGCCACACAGUUCUUCUCCUCAACCUCUGAUUCAACUCAAGUACCUUCGAACCAACCCGUGACCCCUGACCUGAGCUGCUCAGUAGCUGUGUCUACUUCUACCUCAUCAUCGGUCAAGAUUGAUUGUGAAUCCUCCUCCAAGUCGCAGGAGACGGUUGACCGUGUUAGUGUAGGGGUAGUCAAUGACGUAACAGAAGAUCGGUGGUCAACGUUAAGCUACAGCGAGGUUGAGAUGAAAGGAAAUCAGGAUAAAACUUCAGGAAGAGAGAAGAUUUCAGGAGACAGAGACCAAACUGUGUCUGCUGUGGUCACAAUCGAUGAUAAGACUCUGAUCGACUCUGGUGACAGCAGUGAUGGCGGCAAAGACAGCGAUGACUCUGUCAAAAUUAUAGAGCCUUCUAAGGGAACAGUCAUAGACAUCGAUGAUUCAGAUACUGAUCUGGGAGCUGACGAUCCAGUUCACGUAGAACCUCUUCAGAACGAUGUGGUCGGGGAGUCAAGUUCUGCCGGCACACAGACGGUCCAGCAGGUCGCUGUUGACAGUAAAACUCAAGUUUCUCUGGCGUGCAAAGAUGAAGUGAUUCCUGUGGACUUUGUUGAGGAUGUGGAACUGUCACUUGGAACCUUCCAGAGUCAUGCUGGUUCUGUGCAUGGACUGCAGGUCCACGGAGGUCUACUGUACACCUGUUCAGAGGAUAACACAGCACGAGCGCACUGUCUGAAGACCAGGGAGCUCGCAGCUGUGUUUGACGGACACACAGACAAAGUCAACUGCCUGCUGGUGUCGUCUCUCCCCAACACGCCUGUUCGUCUCUACACAGGAUCAAGUGACCAAACCAUUCGCUGUUACAGCAUAAAGUCUAAGAAGUGUUUGGAGAAGAUCUCAGUCCCAGACAGGGUCUUGUGUUUGCACGUAGCCUGGAACAUUCUCUACGUUGGAUUGGCCAGCGGUGCUGUCACCACCUUUGACCUGAAGACUCAGAAACUUCUCAGUGUUUUUGAUUGCCACGGUCCACGUGGUGUGAGCUGCUUGGGAACGGCGCAAGAGGGCGCACGCCGCCUCCUGCUGGUCGGCUCCUACGACAGCACCAUCAGUGUCCGGGAUGCAAAGAGCGCUCUCCUGCUGCGUUCACUGAAGGGCCACAGCAAAACUGUGCUGUGUCUGACGGUGGCGAAAGACCUGAUUUUCAGUGGGUCAAGUGACACGGCAGUUCACACUCACAAUGUUCACACUGGUGAUCUGCUGACAACCUACAGAGGUCACAAAAGCGCCGUGACCUCCAUCGUCGUCCUGGGUACUGUGAUGGUCACAGCCUGUCUGGACGGACUGGUCAGGGUCUUCAAUCUGCAGUCCAGUGACUGCCUGCAGGUGUACGGUGGUCACAGUGACAUGGCGUUGUGUUUGACCGUCUACAGGAGUGUAAUGUACACGGGCUGUUAUGAUGGCAGUAUCCAGUCAGUCCAGCUGGACCUGAGGAAAAACUACCGCUGCUGGUGGCAGGGCUGCUCCCUGAUUUUCGGUGUACCAGAACAUCUGACCGAGCAUCUUGUCCGAGGUCACACCAGUAGGAGUCUGCAGACGGUCAAAUGCUGCUGGUUGGACUGUAACGCUUUCUUCCCAAGUCAGCAGUCAAUCCAGCAGGAUCUGCCGGCUCACAUGUUCAGCCACGUGGAGGACAGCAAGGCUAAUUGCUCAGAGCAUAGGUAAAGUGUUCCAGAGAAUGGAGGACUAUCUUUAUUUUGGUGAUUUUUUUUUUUUCAAAGCUGAAUUAGUUCACAGAAUUAUGGACACAGUUUCUGUUUGAAGCACUGAAGUGAUGAUACCUGAUCGUGAGAAGACAACAACACAUGCGAUGUUCGCCGGUGUGUCUGACGCCGUUCUGUGCCUCCGUUCGCCAGCAUGUCGCCUUAACAGUUUUGCCCCUAGUUAAGUUUGUUGCUAUUAGUGGUUUGACCUCAAGAUGGAGGAGGAGGUCUCUUAUCACAGCCUUAAUAUGUGAAGCCAUGCACAGAGAGUUUAUUCAUCAGGUCUCAUCAGAACCUGCUUAUAUUACAACACUAACUGUCACAUUUCAAACGAUAUCAUGCUGCAGUUACUUUAACAACGGUUGUCCUUGUUUAUUUACAAUUAUUUCAUCGAUGUAAGGUCUUGUCAAACUGAAUGCUCAUGUUCACUCAGAGUCAGUGCCUUUCCACAUCAACACAUGGCGCAAGUUUGAGGCAAAAAAAAAACGAUCUUUCACUAUUCUGCUGCUUUCAAAAACGUCUGACUGCAGCGACACCCGGUGGCAGAAAAGUUAUAUUAAGAGUACAUAGUCAACUGGAGCCACUGUGAAGAGAAGAAAGGUCGAUUUUAAACAAGAAAUGUUGAUGAUGCUUGUUUUCAGCAGCAGGGAUAAAAAAAAA